AUCGGUCUCUCCAUAGGUUCUAUAACAUAGGUCUUUAUGACAAAAAUAGGUAGAUUGUUCAUGUCAAUGUCACUUGUAAUUGACUUGACAAUGACACUCAUGCGUUAAUGGUGGGUUUGGUUGGUUUGCAUUUGAAUAAAAAUACCUAGGUUAUCCAUGGUGUUUUCAUGACUUCCAAUUCAUUAUAAUCAGUUUUAAUUACAACUAGGCAUUUUCCACGUUUGAUUGAGCGUAGUGUCAUGGCAGGUUAUGAAAUACGUUCUUCGAGUAGCAAGAAAGGGAAAGGGUUGUUUGCAACGAAACACUAUAAUGAGGGUGAUGUCAUUUUGGAAGAAGAUCCUUUGGUGUCAUGUCAAUUUGCUUGGAAUGCCGCCUACCGAUACCUGGCCUGUGAUCAUUGUAUGAGGCCAAUAGAAACACCUGAACAAAACGUAAGGCGUCUGUCCUGUAAGCCAGACAUUGUGCUCCCACAUUCAAACUGUUACGAGACCAACUUGGAGAACAUUACAACGUGCGACCAGUGCGGAGUGCUGUACUGUUGCGAGGGCUGUAAGCAGCAGGCUUAUGUGACGUAUCACAGAUCGCUGUGUUAUGAUGUUAGUGAUGUACAGCAUCCAGUUAUGGUGCUUUUGGAAGCGUGGAAACAAAUGCACUAUCCACCAGAAACUACGAGCAUAAUGUUACUUGUCCGGAUAUUAGCAUACAUUGAACAAAGUCCGGAACCACCAGCGGCCGUUGCCAAAAUCAAACAGUUCUGUCACAGAACAGUGAACGAAGAUGCAGAGUUAGUUCAUAAACUACUAGGUGAACAGUUCUCUGAUCAGCUCAUCACAUUGAGAGAACUGACCAGUAACGUUAUUAGUGGUGAUCAUGCUAAAGAGUUCCUAACACCAGAAGGAUUCUGUACCCUAAUGGCGCUGAUUGGCACUAAUGGUCAAGGCAUCGGUACUAGCCCUUUAGCGAUGUGGGUUAACAACGUGCUGGAGUUGACUAUGUCUGAUGAUGAGAGGCAGCAGUUGGAUCUGUUCAUUGAUAAGCUUUAUCAGUAUGUCGAAAAGGAGUCUGGAACAUUCCUGAACACAGAGGGCUCGGGGUUGUACCAACUGCAAAGUGCAAGUAACCACAGUUGUGAACCGAAUGCAGAGUCAUCGUUCCCGUAUGGCAACCAUCGCAUACAACUCAAAGCGUUGAGGGCUAUAGCGCCUGGAGAAGAAAUAUGUAUAAGCUAUUUGGACGAAUGUGCUCUGCAAAGGUCUAGGCACUCUAGGCAAAAGGAAUUAGCUCAAAACUACCUAUUCGUGUGUUGGUGCGAACGUUGCAAUGCGCAGGCGUCGCAACCUGAUUGUACCAGUGAGGAGGACAUGAGCGAUGAAGAGAUUGACGCCGACGACUGAUGUUCCAACCUGCUGGCGUUCUGCCUGCUCGGAAUAUAGCGAGGCGAAGCCAGUUGCAAUUUCGAAGUUGGCUACAGCGGUUGAGUUGCGAAGUGGUUUGCAGUGACAAGGAUAGAUAUAUUUUACGUUAUUAUAAAAUACGAGUUUAUCAAACGAAAGUUGUUUAUUCCAUACAGACAGUUGAUAUCAAAUACUCUCAAUGUAUUCAGAUCCAAAUAAACUUCAGAUCAAUGGGAGUUUUUUCUAAAUAACUAGUACUAAAUUAUUAGGAAGGGUGCAAGGUCCAGUAAAAUUUAAGAGAAUAUAAAUGAAAAUGAAUGACUGGCCUAAGUCAUGCUUAAUGUGAUUUUCAUAUAGAUAUUUCAAUUGACGCUUGGGUUGCUAUGCGUUUGGAAAACACUGGAUAAUUAAUCUAUACAGCAUAUACCAGACUUUUAAAAUUCGGAUUUGACCGUAUGACCGAGCGAAUGAAUGAGGUCCACCAAUAAACUAGGGCAAAAAUUAGUUUUUAGUAUAAACAAAUUGCUUUUAACUCGAUAGUUUGCAAAAUUAUAAUAAUGAUGUUAAAAUAUAUGACUGUAGUUUAAAAUUUUCUUAUUAAGCGGCGCUGAAAAUAAUCGCGUGGUCUACUUUCGUGACGAACUAUUUGGGUAAGGUCGUAAAAAAAUGUAAUAAAACGCACUGUUCAAGUGCGCACAAACACAAUACACAAUACAUACACACAAUAACGCACUGGAAAUGUUCCAGUGCGUUAUUGUGUUAUAGUAAAGGUGCAUGUACAUAUACAGCUAGGUGUUUAAAAAAAGGAAAUAUUAUUUUAAUAUUUUUAUUAGUACUCAUAGGUACGUUAUUAAAAUCUACUAAUAAACUAUGAGUGUUAUGUAUGUUAUUAAAAACAGGCUUUCUUCCUAUUAUAAAAGCAAAAGUAUAAUUUUUAACAAAACUGUCUGAAACAUCGAAUCAAUUAUUAAUCAAAAUCGCACAAAUAAUUCAAAACCAAAAUUAUAAAAGCAAAAGUAUAAUUUUUAACUAAAGUGUCUGAAACAUCAAAACAAAUAUUAAUCAAAAUCGCACAAAUACUUCAAAACCAAAAUUCAGGAGACAUACUCAACAAACUAAGCUUUAACACCAAAACUAACAAUAUCAGAAACCAAAAGAUGAAGCUUGAUUUUAGUAAUCAUAAAUUAUUCAUUUACAAACAAGCCAUUAUGUCCCACAACAAAAACAGAAUGUGUCUUCAACGUUUAUCAUAAUAUAAUCAUAAAAAUAAGCAGUGAAAUAGUAAGGUAAAUAUUUUGACAUUUUAAAAAUUAAAUGUGCUUAGCUCACUCGCUGCUUCAGGGAUUUAGAUUAUUUGAAGAAAAACGGAAAUAUCAAGUUCUUAAACAAUGGUUCAUAAAAUAUCCUCAAAGAUCUUUUAAUAACUUUAGUUUUAAAAUGAUAGAAAACAUUUCCGUUUUUCUUAAAUAAUUUGUAACAAAAGUGGCAGUACUGAGUGCACUAAGCCUCUUAAAUGCACUUCAAUCGUCAAAAUAAAUGUAGUCAUCCUUUCAAAUGAAAAAUUCCUUGGAAUUUUCAGUAUUUUGAGUCAACACAAUUUUUUUCACUAUCAAAUUUGCCGUGACGAUGUCUCGAUCAUUUUUUUUGGUAUGAACAAAACGUAAUUUUGGCCUUUUUUUUAGUUUUUAGGAACGGUACUGUGUAAUGAUUUUCUCUAUAAAACCAAUACCUCCAGGCUUUUUUUUCACAAUACCUUACCAGAACACUAUCGUUUAUAUGAAGAUUCAACUCUGAUAUUUCUGUUUCAAUUUUAUCUGUUAUUAUUUCUGACGACGGCUCAAAACCCGAUUGCAUAUUGAUUUCUUCUAUCAUACCUUUCUUAUUUGUGUACGUCUUAUUGUCUCUUUGGUUUGAUUUUUGGUUCAAAGAGUCCUUUAUGCCUUAUCUCGUUUCUUUUUGGUCCUUAUCGUUAUCAGUCUCAUAUUUUAUUUUGUCCCGUACUUGCAUUUUGUAUUACAUUUAGUUCACUCCCUAAACGGCUUAAAUCUAUAUUUAUGCAUUUAUUUUGCACUUUUGUCAUUUCAAUAUCAUGAAAUUUUAUGUUUUCUAAGUCAGUACUAUCGUUAAACUGUUCUAGUCCAUCACACAUAAAAUACUCGUCGUCUGAAGAGUUAUGAAGAGAAUAUUGUUCACUAAUUUCCGUAUCAGUGCUGCUAUCAUAAUUGAUUCUUGAUCUUUUCACUUUGUGAAGAUUUCUAUUUGCUGUAACCUGCCGUUUUGUUUACUGAUGAAACAUGAAGCGAUUCUCAUCUGCAAUUUUUGAACUUUGUUAGGAUUUAAUUUAGCAUCUGGUUAAUACUCUGAACUAAAAAUGGACCAAAAUUUUGUUUUUAAUUCAAAUAUACCACUGUGUAGUUAGGAGACAAAUUAUUCAUGUACUAGUUGUUAUUUUACUGAUUUAUAAAUAUCAGUGUAUUUAUAUUAAUUGUGGCCAUAAAUUAAGCAUGGCUAUUUUUUAAUUAUUGCAGAGGUAUUAUUACUCCAUCCUAAUUAAAUAAAAAAAGUGCAAGUAGUAAAUAAAAUGUUUAAUUUUCAAGAAAACAUGGGGUCACUCUAAACUUCAAAAUAGUACAGUUUUAUACGACUUUACCCAUUAGUGUCUGCUCUUUUUACCCAAAUGUUAGACCAAACUUGCAGGUUUGGUUCGUAUGAACAGGCAUGCUACUCUGCAGGCGGCUGUAUACACAGUCGUGCAAUUUAAAUUGUAACCUGUGUAAAUUAUAAGAUAUUGUAUUGAACGCGAUAGUUUUUAAAUUAAGAACGAAAGUGGUUUCAGAGGGCCUAAUUGAUAGUAUUGAAUGAUUUAAAACUUUUUAGUAUCCCUUGUAGGACCAAGGUUUUAGAGGUAACGUUAGGGUAGAAAUAAUAUGCAAUAAAAGUGGAUAUAAAAUAUUUUACGAGAAUACUUCUUUAAUUUUUUCCGCAAAUAAAAUCAGGAAUGUUGUCCCAAUAUAUGUAUAUAUAUAUAUUUUGUAAUAUUUAUUAAAAGUUAUAUAUUUGACCUAAAAUAUUUAUUUAUUUAUGAACCAUAUAAAAAUCAGUUGGUCCAAUGCUGUGUAGGGUAGUUUAGUAAUAAAUUAAACAAAUAAGGUAUGUUCUAAGAAAUUAGGUUUAAGUCUUAUGAAAAAAUUAGGUAAAGUUGCAUGAGGAGAAAUUAAAUAAUUGUUGGAAUUUAAGGCUUAUAUUAUCUCCAGUAGAUAUUACUAAUAUAUGUAGAAACUUAUUUUUAAUAAGUGUUUUUUUUUUCUAUUAUCGCAUAUUUAAAAGUGGCUUUUACAUUUUUCAACCGCCCAGGGCUGCUCUCAUUUGGAAUAAAUAAUUUUAUCUAAAACAAAGACGAAUAUAUAAGAGAUCUGUAUUUGUAAAUUGACGUCCGAUGAAAAUGCUGCAGUGUAGUUUGUUCUGCCGCUUCUUCUACACAUGCGCUUUGGAAUCGGUAGUAGUUAUAUUUAGAUUUUAGUGAUGUGACGUCAAUAAGUAUCAAACCUUGUAUCUAAUUUUGAAAAUAAAUCUAUUCUAUUCUAAAAUUAUAAAUUUUCUACAUUAAAUUACUAGAUAAUAUUUAAAGUGAUUUAAUGAUUUAUAUCAAACGAGGGCAGCACUGUGCCGCUGAAAAAUGUGAAAUGUCUCUGAACCAAGAAAUAUAACUAGAAAUUCGACUCUUUGACGUUGCCCAAAGUUAAAAGUUUUUGAUUUGUUUGGUCAGGAUAUUUGGCUCUUAUUUUUGUAAUUGAAGUUCUCGUCUGAAUACCAUUAUUUUUUUAAGUAUAUCUAUUUGGUAUCUGCAUAUUGAAUCUUUUGAAAUUAAAUUUUCAUUAAUUACACGAAAGAUUUAAAUAGAGAAAUUAGAUAGAUAAAUAAAACAGAUUUUAAAAUUAGAUUCAGAAAAAAAUCUUAUUUAAUAGUAGUACGGUUUCGGGUUCAAGCAAUUAUUUACUUUAUCAUCGUACAUUCCUGAUUGUAUUUUUAGAUAUUGGCCCGAAAGGUCUUCAAAGAUUUUAAGGUCAGUUGCCAUCCCAGCAAAAAAUGUUGGGAUUUAUUGAUUUACUAGUUCUUCAUUAUUUGUCCUUUAGUCGUCUUCUGCAGAAUUGAAUCUUACCCUAUAUAAUAAUUAGUAAGCUGUUAAUUAGAAAUUCCUUAUAAACAAAACUAUUCUUGAGCUAUUACCUCGAUGUUAUUUAAAAAAAGAAAUACAGUCUAAAGUAUUUUAAUUGCAAUAUUUUGUAUGGAAAUAUGAAUGAAUAACGAAUGUAAAUAGGAAAUUAUAUACAUAGUAUUAAAAUCUAAUCAGGGUACGAAGCAUGUGCCAAAUAUUGAUAACUAAUAAGCUUGCUUACCAUAGAAAAAUAUGGCGUCAAUUAAAUGUGACAUCAAUUAAAUUAUGAAUGUUAUCGGCCUAUAAUAUAUAAGCUUGAUUAAAAUAGCUACGGUAUGUUUAGAUCGCUUCUUUUUUUCAAUAAUUGUCCUCGAUAACAAGGCUUUAUAUUUUUGUAAAAAUAUAUUCUGUUUUACAGCAGUUUUUUUUUUGUAAUUGUAUUGAGAUUUUAACGUUCGAGCGUUAAGAGCAUCGGUUGUCGAGUGGUUAAUUGGGUACUAAUUCUGUUGCGUCCGUGUAAAUCAUUUUUAAUACAAUCUUUCUUAAUAAAAAUGUAACUUACAUAGGAAAGUUGAAUAAGGUUGAAUGCCAACCGAUCUUCUUACGGUUAUUGAAUUAAGACACCUUGAUUGAUAUUCAUCCCAUGGGAUGAGUUGACCAACUGUUAUUUUUAUUUUUUAUGUUUUGUCAACUUAUCCUAAUUAAAAGAGAAACGUAUUAAGUUACAUUUAGUAAGCACAGCUUGGCAAGAAGGUCGUGACAGUAAUAGGGGCGCCACUGUCGUGUAAUGUGAUCACCCCAUAUACUGCGACAAAAAUGAUUUUGAUAGAUGGAGUAUUUUUUAAAAUAUAUUUAGUUUGUUAUUCCCUCACCUUAAACCGUUAAAUUUUGAUGAAAUUGGUACAUGUAGUGAAGGAGUUUCUGGAAUAACAUAUAGGCUUUUUAUCCCAUAUUCAUACGCGAGUAUAGUCUCGAGGAGCAGCUAGUAUAUUAUAAAUGCGAAAGUGUGCGAGGAUGUAGAUUUGUAUGAAUGAACGUUUGUUACUCUUUCACGCAAUAACUACGGGAUGGAUUUUGAUGAAAUUUGGUACACGGGUAACAUCUGGAAUACCACAGGAUACUUAAUCUAGAUAAUUAUCUAAACUCAGAUGACGAUGAUUACCAGGUAUAGAGAGCAAGUAAUAAAACUAACAAAAUUUAAAGAAUUAAUUUAUUUAAUCAGAGUCUGAAGUCAGAAGACUUUCGUAUAAACUUCAACACCAGAGAAGUGUUCUGUGUCUUGGCUCGUACCUUCUCCAAAAUUCUCAAUCUCGUCUAGGUUAGAGGAAUCGCUAAUACUACUACUGUCAUCUGGCAGGUUUAUUACAAGUCUGUCUAUGUCUUCGUAAAGCGUCUGCCCUCGUUCAUAAUAUUCUUUAUCUUUUUUCAUGACAUGGCUGUAAGAAUUUCUCCACGCUUCGGCAGAAAUAGACGCAAACGCUUGCUCAGCUGCUGCCUAGAAUUUUUUUUUGCAAAAAUGUAAUAAUAUUAAAUUUUUCCUAAAGCACUAUAGAAAAUUAUAAAGUAAAAACUAACUAAAUGUCAACAUAACCUCAAAAUUUUAUAAAUUUUAUUUCCCGUUUGAGAGUUAUAUUAUGCAUACAAUACGUCAAAUAUUACGUGGUUGAUUAAAUAACAUCACAACGUACCGGUCAUUUCAGCUGUUCUUGUGUAAAUAUUGCUGAUAUCGGAUAAAAUCGUCCCAGCUUCGGAUUUAGCUAAACAACGUUUGUAGACAUGAUAUAUAACUUCUCUACCGGAACUGCGAACUGUAUUUCUUUUUCUAUGAGACAUAUUUUAUUUCUCACAAGUUAAAGUUGGUAAAACUUGGGAAAAAGCUCUAAUAAUCGUUCACUGAACACAGAAAUGACGAUGGACUGACACAUCAAGUACCUACUCAGGUCACGUGACAUAAACGAGUAUUGCCUGUGUGCAAAAAAUUUUGUUCCGUUUCAGGACAUUCUUGCCAAGCUGUAACAGUGAGUAUUACUGAUGAAUAAAAGUAUUUCGGAUCAUGUAGAAACCUGUUUAUUCAGGCAAAAUGUGGAUCUCUGAUCCAAGCCUGAAGUCAUAAAGUUCAGAAGUAAGUCUGUUUGUAAAGUUAUCUGACUCUGUGAAGAAAAACAACAACAUGUAUGAUUAUAUUACAGCGUUUGUCUAAUUUUGUAUUUUAUUGCUUGCAAUAUCCUCGUUAUGUUAACACGUUGUUCAAGUUUGUAUGAAACAUAGAAGUUCUACUUGCAUUUGUUUUCAAAAUGAAGUAAUAAAUUAUCUUAAAUCCUAA